UGCGCCUGGAUAAGACUCGAGCUCGUAGUUUUGUUUAUUUCUUUUCUGUUAUUAUGUACCAAUCGCGGACCGAUAAGCUAGCAACGUAAACAUGAUUUUUGAAGAGGUCCGAUAACGCGAUAAUACGAUGCCUGAUCGGGCUCAAAUGUCGUCGAAACUGCUCAGGAUCGGGUUCAUCGGGGGCGGCAAGAUGGCGCAGGCCCUCGCCAAAGGGUUCAUAGCGGCAGGGUUGACGAAAGGCGAGGCCAUCGUCUCCAGCUGCCACCCCUCUGACUUGGCGUCCGCCAAGGCUAUGCGGGAGCUAGGGGCGGAGGCGGUGUUCGAAAACGUGCCCGUCGUGUCCAAGUCGGACGUGGUGAUCGUGGCCGUGAAGCCCCAGGUGGUGCCUGUCGCGUUGGGCGAGGUCGGGACCCACGCCGCCGACAAGCUAUUCCUGUCGAUCGCGAUGGGCGUGACCAUAAAGCAGCUCGAGCAAAUAUUGCCCAGGAGCGCGAGGGUGAUCAGGGCGAUGCCCAAUACGCCGGCACUCGUCAGAAGCGGAGCGUCGGUGUUCGUGAGUGGCGCCGCCGCUACCGACCGUGACCUGGCCGUCGCGGGCAAGCUGCUCCGCUCCGUCGGCACUUGCGAGCAAGUGCCGGAGUCGGCCCUGGACGCCGUGACCGCUUUGAGCGGGUCCGGCCCUGCCUACGUCUACGUCAUGAUCGAGUCGCUGGCGGACGGCGGCGUGAAAAUGGGACUGCCGCGCGACCUGGCGUACAGGCUGGCCGCCCAAACCGUCGUCGGGGCCGGGCAGAUGGUCAGGGACACCCGGACUCACCCCGGCGUCCUCAAAGACGACGUCACGUCGCCUGCGGGCUCGACCGCCGCGGCAUUGCAUUUCCUCGAACGGAACGGUUUCCGGGCCGCCGUCAUCGGCGCGGUCGAAGCCGCCGCCGCCAGAUGUCGCGAGGUGUCCGGAUCGAGCUCGUAACCACUGAGGGUCACCUUGACCUAUCAGUCGCCCGGCAACGCCGCACCGAACCUGUUGCCGUGUACUCGUGCCGACGGUAUAGCGGCCAUUUCGUCUGCCUAUUUGGUUCUCAAACGCGGGCUGGGAGUCCCGGUCGCGCGUAACGUCGUCACGUCGGACCGAUGUCGUGAGAUGGCGCCCUCCGGCCGCUCACCCUCGGCACGUUUGGGACCGGACGGGCCCUAUAUAGUUGGUACGAGUAUACGCUCGCCCGAUUUAGUCAUCGACAUGGUUGCGCAAAGAGGCCUCCGCGCGAUGUUGCCGGAGGCGGCGCGAAAUCCCGUUCGUUCCGGUAUUUCACGUCGCCCGUCGCGACGCUCCGCACCGGCUCGUCGAAUAAAAUGAUUUCGA